AUGCUGAUGGGUCCCGCGUCCGCAGAACUGAAGGAUAUUCUGGAAGCGGGGACGAUAAAGAUUGCAACGCCUGAAAAUUUUCCACCCUUUGGUGCGCUUGGCGCGGAUGGCGAAUAUGUAGGGUACGACAUCGAUGUCGCCAAAAUGAUCGCGGAAGACCUUGGCGUAGAACUGGAACUGGUUCCGGUUACGUCCAAGCAGCGGAUCCCGUUUCUUGAAACCGAUCGCGUUGAUUUGGUUAUCUCGACACUGGGUGCCAACCCUGAACGCGCCAAAUCGAUCUGGUUUUCACACGCCUAUGCGCCGUUCUUUUCUGGUGCCUUUGCCAAGAAAGAUGUUGAAGUUUCUUCGAUCGCCGACUUUGCCGGCAAAAAGAUAGCUGUCACGGGCGGGACACUCGAAGACCUGGCCAUUACCGAAGAUGCACCGGAACGCUCGGAAAUAAUCCGGUUCGGUGACAACGCGGCAACCAUCGCGGCCUAUGUGUCCGGCCAAACGGAUGUAAUCGUGACAGGCAAUAUGGUCGCACUAGGUAUUUCGAACGACAAUCCCGAUUUCGAUCUUGAGACAAAGUUCGUCAUCGCGAAUUCGCCGUCUUAUAUUGGCGUGAAAACCGGCAACAUUGACCUGCUUCAGUGGGUCAAUGUGUUUGUUCUGCACAAGAAGCUGAACGGCAAGUUGAAUGGGCUCUCCGAGAAGUGGCUCAAGACGCCAUUGCCGCCUCUUCCAGCACUCUGA